GAAGAGCAGGUCCGUAAUGUUGCUGGCUUUCUAUGCAAGCUGAAUGACACUCGGACACUUCAUUUUGAAUUGCCGUAACCAGAGAUGGAGUUUGCUUGCAGUCAUGUUGUGUGUAACUGGAGGUCUGAGAGUUUAACAGAAGAUGAAGCUAAAAUCUCAAAUCAAGGUAUUACCUCCACUCUUCCCUGUGGUCUGUCCAGAGCGCAUUCUGUCUCAGAUCAUCCUUACGACAACCGUGUAACCUUCAUCCCGAAACCAGCUCCAUCGUUGGUUCCACCACCUGUACCGCCCCGUAACAUACAUCAGAGAAAGAGUCUGACUAGUUCUCUUCCACCACCGGUACCUCCAAGAGGUCUGGAGAAUAAUGGAGAGACUCAACUUAAAGCUAAUGUAAACGUAGUGUCGCUAAAAGUAGGAAGCCUUGUGGACAUUACUAAAGCAUCUGCUAUACAGAGCAGCCAGAAACCAGUGCAUUGUGGGAAAUGCAAUGCCGUCAUGUCCUCUGCGAGCAGCCCAGAGACACACCAAACAACAAUAAUGUGGAGCUGUGAGUUUUGCGGGAAGGAGAACGUUUAUUCGCUGGCGGCACUUACGGCGGGACGGUUUCCCUUGCGCUCUCCUCCAGGCAGGGAUAUACUUUACAUGGACGACAACGGGGACAUGGAGUAUGAGAACCUAGACGACAUGCUAAUCGUGCUGUGUGUGGACACUUCCGGAAGUAUGAGUGUCACUUCUGAGAUCUCUCCAGGUAACAGCAUGCGAUCACCCACAUAUAUUUCACGACUGCAGGGAGUCCAAGAAGCUCUUCAGAUGGUGCUGACCACCCUGCAGAAAACCUCACCACACCGAAGACUGGCACUGGUGACUUUUAACAAUGAGGUUACGGUGUAUGGUGACGGUACAGGGGUUCCUCUCACCCUGAGAGACUGGGCGCUGGUGGACUAUGACUAUCUGAAGAAGGAGGGAGAAAACUACAGCACGCCUCACUGCAUUGCAGAGACUAUCCAGCCGCUCACCCAGAAAAUCAAAGAACUCAGAGAACAUGGAGCCACCGCACUGGGACCUGCUGCCCUCAUCUCUGUGGCAAUGGCAUCCCAGUUCACAGGAUCAAAGGUUAUAAUUUGCACAGACGGGCAGGCCAACAUAGGACUAGGCCACUUAGAACAAGAGUCUUCCUCAAGAGCCCCCUCACCUUAUUUCUACAACCAGUUAGCCCAUUAUGCUGCUGAAAAGGGUGUGAUCGUGUCCGUGAUGACCUUUGAAGGAGAGGACUGUCGUUUGGCAGAGGUUGGGAGGCUGGCUGACCACACAGGAGGCAGAAUAAAUAUUGUAAAUAUUGGUACAGUCGCCACAGAGAUUCAGAGCGCUAUAGCUGACAAUGUCCUAGCAACUAACGUCAUGGCAACACUUCUGGCACCGGAUGGCAUGUACUUCCCCUAUGAGGAGGAUAAUCAUCGGUUAGUGAGAGAGAUUGGCAACGUGACAGACUGUGUUGAGAUCACCUUUCAGUUUGCAGUCAGACCGGAAAAAGUUGGAAGUUUCCAGCAACGGGACCGGGUCCCUUUUCAGCUGCAGCUGAGUUUCAGGACUCGGGAAUUGCAGAAAGUGAUGAGAGUCGUCACUCAACAGAAACGGGUCACCACCAGCAGUUGGGUGUGGGCGGGCAGUUUAAAUAUGUCAGUGUUGGGCGUUCACUGCGCCCAGCUGUGUGCCAGGCUGACUAUGGAGGGCCGAGUACAGGAAGCACAGAGACAACUCCGAGCUCAGCAGGACCUUCUAAAAGACAUUGGUCAACAGAAGCCAAGCCCUAAAGAAGAGAGCAUCUAUGGGAACUGGAUCAGUACGAUGAGCAUGAUCUGUGAAGACCUCACCACUGUCAAACAGAACAAAACAGAAACUGACGCUCAACCAGCACCUCGAACAUCUUCCACUGCAAGCAUCUCGGACGCGGCGGCCAAUGUGGUCUACCAAAUGAAGAGGGCGAAGAGCGUGAGUGGAAAGGGAAAGGGACAGAGAGUUGCCUUGCUGGAGAACUGAGCUCAGAUGUCACCAAGACUCAUCAUCUAGUGAUAUAGGCUGGAUAUCAAUCACAAACUAUGGACAAUUUUGCUUGGAAAAUACGCAAUAUAUAAUAUAUACAAACUAUGUGUCGAUAACCUAACAAGUCAAACUUCUUUCUGUGCCAUCGCUGCUGUUUGGCAACUCCUGCCAGUAUUUAUCUUUGACUGGUCUGUGGAUUUCAGACAUGUUUGUGUUAGCAACUAUAGCGCAAAUAUGUCAGAUUAACAACUAGAAUACUAGGGACUGUACUAAUAAAUAUAAUGCAAUGAAAUAAAACAUUUUAUAUAAAUCACA